AUGUAUCGCCGCCACACCGACAACGGAGAGGGCAGUAGCCGCCGGGAGAAUCCCCCUCGACGCCCUACCCGUAUCACAGUCGUCAUCCGAGACGAACCAGUUGACGGACCUCCUCCACACAUCGAGAGGGAAGAGAGGAGGCACCCGUGGCCCCCUCUCCGAUUCCCUCCCCCGAUGGUUAGAUGGGACCUACCAUCGAGACCCCUUCCGCCAGUCCCCCUUCCGAGAAGGGAAGGACUCUGGGCCCGCGCCCAGGAACUCCUCGGCCACAAUCGCCACUUCCUCGAUCGCAUCGACCGUGAGGUUGCUCUAGACCGGCUGGAGGCCCGUCAAGUCGAGCGUCGAGCUCAGCGAGCUCAACAAAACAGGCAGGAAGAGGAGGCUCGGCGGGAUAGGCACGAGCAGGAGAGGAGGCAGGAAAUGGGGGCCGAGAGGAGACGGGAAGAGCACCUAGAACAGAUGACUAGGAGAGACGAACGAAACCGCCAGCACGGCGGUAACGUACCGGCCGCCAGGGCCAAUCCCGUCGAAGCGCGCCCAGCGCCCGUCAACAGACCCCCAGUUCCCCAGGUUCCGGCACCAGUACCGGCAGCCCCAGUCGCCACAGCCACCACAGUCAACGCCGCCACGGCACCAGUCCCAGAGCCCAGUGUCGACGGCGACGACCUCGUUCCCUGUGCGGUUUGCACCGAGGAGUUUCCUCGCUCCCAGGUCCUCACGACCUCCUGCGCCCCAGAGCCGCACCACUACUGCGGUCAAUGCCUCCAGUCGUUUUUCAGAAACGCCAUGGACGGCAACGUCUGGCGCAACGCCGACACUUUCCCUCCUACUUGCUGCGGCAACCGCUUCUACAUUCACGCCAACGAGCCUGGAAACGAGAACCCUUCUCGGGAAGUCCGAGCGGGCAACGAGCGCUUCCGACGGCUGCUCGGUGUCGAGAUGAUCAGACAGUACAUUGCUCGUACUGAGCAGCGUUUUACGGGCGUCGAAGGUCGCAGAGAGACCGAGGCCAUCUGCCACCACUGUCGACAGGUGACCUGUAUUAUCUGCGAGGGCAGGGCGCACCGAGCCAGGUACCAAGAGCGUUGUCCUGGCCACAGAAGAAGGACAGAGGAGCAGCAGCAGUCGGAAGAGCAGGCCGAUCGGCAGUUCAGACAGUUGAGGCGGGACGAGGCCUGGAGGACUUGUCCAACCUGCGACAUGACCGUCGAGAGAGAUGGUGGCUGUAACCUGGUGAAGUGUAUCAAGUGUAAAACAUACUUCUGCUACCACUGCCUACUCAUCCACCCUAACGGGCAUGGCGAUGGACCACUGUGCGCCUGCCCCAUCUUUGACCUUCACGAGCCAGAGAGGCGGAUCCGAGAGAGACGGGCAGCUGGUAUUCCGGACCAUGUGGCUGAAGGUGAGGAAGAUGACUUCUUCCAUGGCCGUGACCAUCAGCAUCGCCAGCUCCAGCACCACCAAGGCCACCACCCCGAUCCGGGCCGCCACCGUCAUCGCCAUCAUCGCCAUGACGACCACUUCCUCGACCACAUCCCCGAGGAUGACGACUUUUUCCAUGGCGGUGACCACCGCGACAUUUUCGACAACGCCCCCGAGGAGCUCCUCAACCGCCCCAUCGAGUUGGAUAGCGACGACGACAUUGACGCUGAUGACCUUCGAUUCAUCCUCGAUGCUUUGACUAGACGUAGGAUGCCUUGA